UGUCAUGGCAGGUGAGCCUGGUCAGCAAGGACUCUCCCAUGCUCGAUGGGCUCGACUCCGCCUCCAUUGAGAUGGAGCACGCCAAGCGCAAGCUGGCAGAGAUGAUGACCACCAACGACCCCCCAGUGCUCUCGCCCACGCACGGCCAACCACCAGCCCUGCAGAGCCCGCGCCGCCCGUCGCAGUCGCGCUCGCACUCACGCAGCAGCAGCAGCAGCAGCACCCACAGCAGCAGCCUCACAUCACAACCCUCAGGCCCGUGGAUGACUGAUGCGCCCUGGCUGCCUGACCGGCCCCUCAGCAAGCUGCACAAGCUGGUGGAGCUCAUCAAGGCCCUGGCAGCCCACGCCAAGGAGAAGUGCCGCGAGGACGACGUGGACGGUGCUCUGGAGGCGGAGGUGGAGGAAGCUGUCAAGAAGCUGCGCAUCGUGCCCGUGCCGCCACCGCCGCGGGGCGCGCACCAGAAAGGGCAGGGGCAGCAGGGCGUGGAGCAGCAGGGCGCAGGGCAGCAGGGCGUGGGGCAGCAGAAGGGCGGGAAGCAGAAGGCGGUGCCGUACGACAGCACGGUGCUGGGCAAGGCGCGGUUCGACGAGAGCCGCAUCGCCGCGGGGCUGCCGUGCGGUACAGAGGAGUUCCUGCUGAUAUUCGCACGGUGGAAGAAGCUGGAGAGAGAUAUCUACAACCCAAGGAAGGACCGCUUCAACAUCAGCAAGAUACCAGAUGUCUACGACUCGGCCAAGUACGACCUCGUGCACAAUCGCCAUCUGCACCUCAAGGGCCUCCACGAGCUCUUCCUGCUCGCCAAGGAGAUGGCCAACGGCGUCAUUCCCAAUGAGUACGGCAUCACGCCUUACAGCAAGCUCAAUAUUGGAGCCAAGGUGGCCCGGCGCCUGCUGGGCAAGUUGCUAAUCGACCUGCACAACACAAGGGACGAGGCGGUGGCAGUGGGGCAGGCGAUGCAGCAGCACCGGCAAUGCCUCAAGGAGCAGCGCGCAGCCGCCGUGGCGGCGGCGGUGUUCAACCAAGAGCAGGCAAGGCAGCACCGCCGGUCGUCCGGCGAGGCGAAGCGCCGCUCCGAUGGGCAGCCUGAGGGGGACAACGAUGACAGCAACGCGCAGUAUAGACUGGACCCCAAGUACGCCAACGUUCGAACACCGCAGCGACAUGUGCGCACUCGCCUCUACUUUACUUCCGAGUCCCACCUGCACAGCGUGAUGAACGUGCUGCGCUUCUGCCAGCUGGACGAGUCCUUGCAGGGCGAGGCGCCUCUGCUGAGCCCCGACGCGCUGACGCGCCUCUAUGAGAUGCGCGAGCUCGACUACCUCACGCACGUGGUGCUGCGCAUGUACGAGAACGUGGAGGUGGAUCUGAACGACCCACGUCGCUUUCGAGUGGAGAUCAUGUUCAGCCCGGGCUCUUGCUGUCAGCCCUCUCGAGGUGGAGCCCACCAAGAAGGACCACACGCUGCCAGUGCUGCCCCCCUUCACGGUGCAGAACGACGCGCCCGACCAGCUCACCAUGCGCCGCAUGGACCGCAUGCUGCACCCCUUCGCCAUGCCGCCCGAGGACUUCCCCCGCCCGUGCAGCCACAGGGCUUCUCCGGCCUCUUCCUCAAGGGCACCGUCUUUGAGCGCAUCGUCAGCUUCUGGCCGUUCCGCAACACCAUAGGGGGCGGUAGCAAGAGCAAGGGGAGUUGCACCAGCAGCAGCGGUGCUGCCUCUGCUGCCACCGCUGCCACUGCUGCUGCCAGUGGGAGCAACACGUCGCUACCCACCCUCCCACAUGCCAGCUCCAGCAGCAGCAGCAUCCCAGACACAGGAGCAGCACAGGGCAGCAACGCCACAGUCACCACCAGCAGCAGCGGCAGCAGCAGCAGCCUGAGCAAGGCUGCCCAGGGCCGCUCCUCCCCCCUGCGCACCUCGUCCGGUGUUCCCCUCGUUUCCGCCUCCGACGUGCCCGCAGCAGGCAGGAGCCCCGGGGGCAGCCCCCUGAGGCUGUUUGGCAGGAGGGGGUCGGACGAAGGGUCAGGGAGCGGAGGGGGAGGGGGGCUGUGGAGGAGAGGCUCAGGGGGGCUGAGUGGAUGGGGAGGAGGGGAUGACGGCAGGGGAGGGGCGGGUGGUGGGGGUAGUGGGAGGGCAGCAUCUGGUGCGGCGAGUCCAGCAAAGGAUGGGUAGAGGGGGCCACUGCAUGGGUGGACGGUGUAGUUAUGGGCGGGGAACAUGAGGGGCAAAGCUUCGAUUUGGAAAUAAAGAAAAAACGUGGGUGCCUGUCUAUGUGGUAUGUACCUAAGCAUAGUGAGACACUGCAUGCGGCAGUCUUGCCUGUUUGUCAAAUUGUUCGAAAGUAGGGCGUGCCAGUAUUUUCGCAAGUAAUGCGUGCUACAAACAAGAAAUGUAAUUUUUUGAA